AUGAAGAUUCAAACUGAUGACCGUCCUGCCUCAAAGAAAAGAAAAACUCGUCCUUCCUCUGUUUCUCAAAACUCUGAAGAUGAACCACCUCAUCCUCCACCUGAGGAUACACCAUCACCACUACCAACCUCUCCACUGCGUAACUCUCCUGAUCCUACUCCUUCUCCUGCCUCACCUGUCCCCACAACAACUCAGUCUACACCAAUCCACAAACUGACUCCACUUCGUGAAGCCGAUCCUAUCCCUGAGGAUGCCUCAAAAUCAGCUUCUCCUCAACAAAUGGAAGAUGGUGAGGAGUUAUAUUUUGAUCUGAAUCUAUCUUAUCCUCCAUCUCCUACGGAUGUGCCUAUGGCUUCUCCUCCCACUGUGCCAGUGGAUGAAGAUGUAAUUCCUCCACCAGAUUUUUCGCAACAAAUUCCUCCUGCUGCAAACUUUGACAAAACUGCUCAACCUCUCCCUGAGGUUACAGGUGUGUUCAGUUCCCUUGACUCCUUCCCUGAGGUUACAUGUGUGUUCAGUUCCCUUGACUCCUUCUUCACUGCCACAACUCAUAACCAGUCAAAGGACAAGGCUGGGAGCUCUCAGAAUAAGAGUUCCAGUGUCAAUGACCAGCCUAAAGGCUCGGUUCCUAGCACAAGGAUUGGGGACAACAAGAAGCAGAUGAAACUCCUAAAAUUAAUUAGGAAAGACCAGAAGAAAAUUCUUCAGCGCUUCACUCAUUUUCAGAAUUCUUUGGUUCAGAACAACUUGGACGAGACUCACCCAACUACUAUUCAAAAUGGGAUAAACGAGGUUGGCUUCAAGGAGCUUGACAACUUCUUUUUUGAUCACUUCCUUCAUAGCUAG